AUGGGUGGGGGGUUCGAUCAGUUCACUCUCAGGUUUAGGUUGGGAGGGAGGUAUUCGUCGAUAGAUAAUAUUGCUUCUGGCCAGAGCAAGGAUUUCAAAGGAAGGGAGAGAAGGGAAGGAAGGGAAGGAAAGGAAAGGAAUGGUAAGGUGGAAAGUGCGAACUGGAAACUGGGAAUAGAGAAUACUGUAAUGAGAGCAUAUGCGAAAGAAGUAGCAGGAUGUAAUGUAAAAUUGUAA